AUGGAUAACCUUCACUUGAGUGUCAUAGCUGUGGUCCUGUCCUUUAAUCUUCCUGGAUCAGUGGGAGUCAAGUCACAGCACGUUCUUCUUGGUAGGCGUCACAAUUCAGACUGUCAGUGGGAUGGGGAGUUCCUACUGAAUUGUUCUUUUACUGGAAUAUCUGCUGUUCCAGAAGAUCUACCACAAAGAGCAGUAAUGGCCGAUUUUAGUUACAAUAAUAUUAAAACUUUUCUGUGUGCUGAAGCAAGAAAGGAAGAACUGAUGCUGAAACACCUGAGUCUCAGUAACAACCUGAUUUCUGAAGUCUCCUUAACUACUUGUAGAAACCUAGCUGGUCUAGAAACUCUAAACCUCAGUGGUAAUUCCAUCCACACCCUCAUACUGGACACACCUACGCCUGCACAUUGGUCUAACAAGUAUGGGAGAGUCGAUCGUCUCCUGCCUGCUUUGAAAGUAUUGUCAGUUGAAAGAAACAAGCUUCAUACUGUUCCAAGAGGACUGGGCCUGCUGCAAUCUUUACAAACUGUCCACAUGACAUCCAACAGCAUACGACAGAUUGGUCUGAAUGAUUUUCAAAACUGUUCAGAGCUGAAGGACAUCAACUUGCAAAAGAACAAGAUAACUAAAAUUCAUCCAGACGCCUUCAGGGAUCUCCAUAAAUUACAGGUUGUGGAUCUCCGUGAAAACGCUCUGACAACCCCUCUACCACAGAUACUAAUCAGUUUGAACACCUUUCAACUUGAAGUGGAUUUAUCAAAUAACGCCUGGAUAUUUAACUGUAGACUAAAUUCUUUCAAACAUUUAUUUCAUUUUCUUUUUGAUUCCACAAGAAAAAAAUUGAGUAUUUCAUACAAUAAAUCUCCCGGCAACUCACAGAAACCUCUGCUGUAUCUUUCAAGUUUCAAUUUAAACUGCACCGAAGGCGUUUUGCUCCGAAGGGCUGUAAUCCCAACAGGGAAGACAUUGGUACUGAACUGUGACUUGGACAACAAGAGGGGUAAUGGAGUAUCUUGGUGGACACCUAAAGGCAGAAUUGCAAAAGAUUAUAGUCUUCCUCAUGUGACACUGGAUAAAAUGAAUAAUUUAGUGAUAUACAAUGCUGAGAAAGCUGCUGAAGGAAAAGCCCGGGACACCAACGCUGUUUUCAGAGAAGGAAGAACAGAUGAUGACCUCGCACUGGCCGUCUGCCUCUCGGUGCUCAUUACGUUUGUUUGUGCUUUUUGUCUGGGUGCUUUUGCUAGACCCUACCUCGUCAGCCUGUGGAGACUCAUGCGCAGGAACAAAAAUUCAGGUUCGGAACAUACGUAUUCUAAUCAAGCUUUUUCAGAUGAAACCUUGAGCAGAGAGUGUUCUGCAAUUAAACCAACAAAAACACAGCGUAACUUCUUCAUUUGUGAGGAGAAUUCUUCCAGAAAUGCACACAUUUUUCCUGCAGAAACUUCUGCUUUGUAUGAAAACGUCGUUGGUGGCAGUGUACAUGCUCCAAAUACUGAAGAAGAGUACCAGAAACAAAGCAAUGAGGACAUCAACGUGAAAAAAAAACCAGUGUUUUCAGACAUCAAAAUUAGUAUUAGUAAUGAUGAAAAUAUAAAUGUUGCUGAUGAACUUUUUGCUGUAAGGACAGAUUACAAGAAAAGUAAUGAAGUAACACCAAGAAAAUUAAUGAGUAAUGACAUUUCAUUACAGAAAGAUUCAAAAUAUGGAAAUAACGAAGACACCACCAAGAGCAGGUUCCCUCCCAUAGCCAGGAGAUUGAAUGCUGACUCUUACUCAAAUCACACCGACUCUUCAGAUUCAAGUUUAUCCUUCACUGGAGAAACUGGCUGUCCAUUUUCCACAACACAAGCCCAUAGAGCUGCACCAGAUUCUAGGAACAGCAAGGUAAGCAACAGCACUGGUUUGCUGCAGUCUGAAACCACGAAGGCUACACCGGAUUCUCCCGAAAGAAGAGGUAUCAUUUCACAUAGUGGACCCAUCAGCACUACAGAGUUUAUGCCUGGAGGGCAAAGCAGUGAUGAACAACUUGGUCUGAACAGCAACAUGAACAUAACCGGUGAUGUGGGAGAUUUCAUUUUAUCCAGUAGCUGUAAAAGAGAUACAAAUAUUGAGAAUUUAAGUGUCUAUCAAACAAUAGAAAACUCUCCUCUUACAGAGUACGGCCGUGAAGUGGAACAUACAAAUGAAGAAGGUACUUCAGCAGAUAUAUUUGGCAACAGUUCUUCAGACGAAGGGACUCCAUUCACAAUGAGUGACUGUAGUUCUUUAGCAGACUUUGAACUGGAACAACCUGACGCUAGUGACAACUUGCCAGUCUGUCAGCCAUCACUAAAGGUAGCCAAUGUGAACAGUGGAACUGAGAAGUUCUCAACACUGCCAGAGCCUCCAAACAUUGCUGCUGAACUUCAGCGUGUUGGGAAAAAUGAAGACAAGAAUAAUGCGUAUUUUGAAACCACUAUUAAUUAUGGAUCAGAUACCAUCAUGCCUGAAACAGCAUCACCUUAUGCUGAUAAACGUAGUGACCACGUAAGCAUGUCAGACUCUAUUAGUUCUUCAAGUCAAGAAGUUUCCAAUAUAUUUGAUUAUUUUAUUAAUGCAGAGCCAACAGUACAAAACCCUAUUUCUGACUCCCUCCACAAUCAAAGUCCAGCUUUUGGCAAUACGUUACUUUCAUUAAAACACUCUCCCAUGGAUGAGACAGAUGCAGAGACCACUCCUGCAGAGGCUGAAUCGCAGCUUUAUCAGAUUCCCAUUGAUCCUCAGCAUUCCCUCAGUCCCACUGAACAAAAAGAAAAUGCACCAGAGGGAAGUACAGGUGAACACAGAGAAAGGAACUACUCUGAAGAGAAUCAUGGUGAAGGGGACAUUAUGUUAGGAAGAAAUUCAAGUACAUCAGAGGAUGAUGAUUUUAUUUUUGCUCUCACUGAUACUAGUUUGAAUGAAAUUGCUAAAAAAACAUCACCAUUUCAUUUCAGCAACGAGUUGUGUAUUCAGUCUCUGCCUGAUCACACAACUGGAAAACAUUUUAUGGUUAUUACAGAGCAAGACGACUUACCACAGGGGAGGCAGGUGAACAUAACUAAGGCUUGUGAAGAUAAGAUGCAAAGAGGUUUUAAUGAGAAGAACUGUGAUGGAUACACAGAAUUACAAGAUACCAGCAACUGUUGUCUGCCCAAAGAAGCGCAGUCUUGCAAUCUUACAGCAGAUUUGCUGCAUCUUCACUCUGCCGGGAAAACACAACCAGGCUUCAACACAGAAGAUCACCUCCAACCAGAUCAGAGGGACAAGGAUGCCUGUUCCUUCGCAGUCCCACAAGGCUUCCUCAGCGAAACCACACAAUGCAGUUCAUGUUCAUUCCCACAGGAGUCUGCAGGAAAUACAAUCUCCAAAAGCACCGAUUCCAGCAAGACAGAGGAUAACACUACUUUGACAGGACUGGAGGACAAUUUUACAACAGCCAUCAACCUCCAAAAUACAAGUGAAAAACUCAGUCAAAAAAGUGAGACCAAUUUAGGACAAGGCCAGUUUUUUGUUAAGAAGAAAAGAGCAUUUGAUGGAUUUGCUAAUGUUUUGCAAAGCAGGAGAACAAACUUCAAUAGCUGA